CUAAAGUAUAUAUAUAUAGAGCGGUAGAUCGUGUAUACAAAAAAUAAGAGGAAAUCUUGAACCCCCGAAAUCCGAACCAGCAAAAAGUGCCUGUAUCUACUAUUUUUGGAUUACAUUUAUCAUUUUUUUUGUGGAUAUCUACAACACGAGAACAACCCAGAAGCAGAAAAAGGAUUAUAUCUAGCGGAUAUAUACUUUGAUUUAUUACGGAAUAAAUUGCACGGAUUGCUAUUGAAAAUCAAUAUAGCAAUCGUCGCAAAAAAGGCAAACACUGCAAAAGGAUGACGGCAAAUCGAGCUAAUUCCGAGGGCAGAAAUUACCAUCGGAGGCAUUGAGAGAUCAGCGAGAGACAACAAUCAAGAGAAAGGAUAUAAAUAUAUGCCAUAGAGCCAUAGAGAGAGAGAGAGAGAGAGAGAGAGAGAGCUCUGGAGGCAGAGGUGGCGGUGGAGACGGGAGUGGAGUGGACGAGAAGUGUGAGAGUGUAGAAGGAGAGGAGCGGUAGCGGGGGAGUAUUGGAGUACAACACUACAUGGAUCGCAGAAAUGGCGGCGAUCCCUUGGCGCCACCCCGGCCCCCGAAGCUAUUACCGCGCGUGCAUCGACCAAGGGCGCCGGAGCCGACACUAAGUGGUGUCCAAGGUGGAGUAGCAUCCGUGGCAACCACAGCGAACCACAAUAAUAAUUCACAGCAGCAACAACUUAGUAUUAACACAGCGACUACGAUAGCGACAGCGACAGCGACGACGACGACGACGAUAAACAAUAACACGAUAUCGAUAAUACCCGCAUCAACGAUUUCGGCCGAUUACGAUUCCGAUUAUCAGAUUCAUCAUCUGACAUUUCUGCCACAGCGACCGAGCAGCUUGAGUCGCAACAGCAGCAACGCCUCAUCGUCGACAGCGACAGCGAAUAGCAGCAGCACGGGCACAGGCACAGGCACAGGCACAGGCUCGGGUUCCAUUUCCGUAUCCGGUUCGAGCUUUCGCCGACGUCCGCCAGCACCGGCGCCGCUGCUGAGCUUAGCAUCUGCGGCGGAGAACAACAACUUCCUUAGUCAUUUCCAACAAACCAGCGCUGAGCAACCAGUGCCCCAGUCUCCAGUCACACUGGCGCAACCGCGACCCGAGUCCGAGAGGCUAACGAACGAGUAUGUGGACACGCCGCUGCAGCAUGCCACGCGCAUGCAGCAUCCGGCUGGGCAGCAGGACAAUGGCCAGACGACAACGCAUCAUUUGCUGUUGCUGCCACAACGGCAGCAGCAUCAUCAGCAGCAUCAUCAGCAGCAUCUGCAGCACCUGCAACACAAUCCCCCGCAUCACCAUCAGCAAUCCUCCUUUGCCCAGCAGCAGCAGCAGCAGCAACCUCAUGUCCGACUGGGAGCGACGUCGACGACGGGUGCGACGACGGGUGCGACGCAGGGCGGAACAGGAGCAGGAGCAGGAGCAGGAGGAAUCGAUCAUACCGAUGGCUUAUUACAUUCACAUUUGCACUCCACAACGCCAGCGCAACAGCAACAGCAACAGCAACAGCAGCAUCACCUAAGCAAAGGACAACCCGCCACAAAGCCUCGACUGGGUCUGGGACUGGGUUUGGGUCUGGGUCUGUCACAGCAGCCCAUUACGCAACCCAUCAUCACGAAGCAGCCGACAGCGACAACACCCGCCACGCAGACACAGACCAGCAAGGAGCAUAUGCACGCGUUGGAGGAGCUGCUGCAGGCACAGCCCGGCAGCGGAGGCGGCGCCGGACCCAUUGUCAUGGGUGGCGAUCCCACGCUAAUGAUACCCAUUGUGUGUCCACGCUGCGGCCGCUGUCGCUGCGAGCAGUGCCAGAGUCCGCGUCCGCUGCCACAGACCUGGGUGUGCAACAAGACGUGCCUGUGCAGUGCCGAGUCCAUCAUCGAUUAUGCCUCCUGUCUGUGCUGCGCCAAGGCGUUGUUCUACCACUGUGCGCGGGACAACGACAUGGACUGCGACGAUGGCAAUGGCACGCCCUGUGUGGAUAAUCCCUGCUCCUGCGGCCCCUACAAGCGCACCCAGAGAUGGGGCUGGCUGGGCGCACUGUCGAUUGUGCUGCCCUGCCUCUGGUGCUACUGGCCGAUGCGGGGAUGCAUGAAGCUGUGCGAGAAGUGUUACGGCAGGUUUGCGGGACGCGGUUGUCGCUGCCAGGGCGUGGGUGGCGCUGGAGGUGGUGGCAUUGGUUCCACCAGCAGCAUGCUGCCGAUUGUGCCACUGGGCGUGAAUGGAGCCAAUGGCGGUCUCGGCGGUGGCCUCAACGGGGCCACCAAUGGCGGGCAGAUCGGAGGUGUGGGCAUGGGACCCUUGAGCCAGGCCAAUGGCAAGGCCAUUGAUCAUGGCUGCAGUGCGGCCGCCAGUCGUAUCCUUCGCAAAGGCGACCUCACACCCGAGAAGCGACUCCUCGACUCCAGUCCGGAUUAUUAGGAAUUGAAAGAGGGAAAAUCCCGUGUUCUGUGUGUGGUUUUUUCCCCAGACGAAAAAACCUCAAACACAGGGCAAUGAAAAUUCAAAAAGAAGGAGCUGGAAUCUGGACAAAAAUCGUGGUGGAACCCAAACCCCUAAAAAUAAAUAUACACGAGUAAAGAAAAUAUUUAAUAUAUGAACUAAGGGAUAUAAAAAGAAGAAAAGAGGAAGGAAAGAAAGAAAGAGAAAAAAUUAAAUAACCAAAGACUGCAAACAGAUAAUUAUUAAUUAUUAGAAAUGUUAUUUAAAAAAAAAUAUAAUUUUUUUGCUUAAUUAAAACAAAAGGGAAAUGAGAAAAAAAAAAGGAAAAGCGAAAGAGAAAACUGAGGAAUUAGGGAUUCAUAUUUGGCUUUUUUCUUAUGAUGUGUUUUUGUAUUAUUUUUCGCUUUUUUUUUGUUUGUAAUUUUUAAAUUCAAUGUUCAAUUUCUAAGUCAAAUUUUUAAUUUUUAAACAAUAUAUUUUGUAUGUAUAAAAUGUAUUCCAAUGAAUUUUCCAAUGCGAAAAACACACACACACACACACACAACCACACACAAAUGUUUGUAUGGGGGUGAAAAGCGAGAGUAGAGGAAACAUUUUUUUAUUUUCAUAUACAAAGAAGGCAAAGGAAAAAGGAUUUGUAAUGAGGCAUAACACCAGAUUAUAUAAAGCACCAACAUAUAAUCCUAUAUACAACAUAUACUACGGGAAAGGGAAUGGAGAAGUUUUUAGAGAAAUAUUACCAAAUGGCAUAAGAAAUUGUAGUCGAA